UUGACAGGAGCUGUGCCAUUUGCGGCAUUUGCUAAAGAUCGCCGAGAGCCGGUCAAGAGAAGAAAAAUAAUAACAACAGGAUAGCAGAGAAUUUAAUUAAUAACUCGACAAUGAUUUAAAGUCAUACAAAACAUUUCUUCUGCAAAAUGUCUUUCACAGUGCUGUGUACUUUUGUUGUGGCCUUCUAUGUUGUAAUAUGGUUUUUCGAUUCGUUCUUCAAGAGUUGUAUGCACUAUCCGUACUACGCAUUCCUGGAAGGCACUGGCUUAAAAGUGGGAAUUUUGAAUUUCUCAUGGGCCACAACUGCAUUUAACAGGUUCCUGUAUCGCUGGAGCAAGAAUCUGACCCACCUUCUAAACAAAUGGUUUGGUUUCGGCUACAUUGUAAGCAUCUGGAUUCUACUACCAUUUUCCUUAUGGACAUUAAUCAAUUUUAUUUAUCAACAUUUUCAUGAAAGUAUUCACCUGAGCACUGCUCCAGAAGUAAAAGCAAUUUUACCUGGAUUUAACAUACCUGCAUCAGAUUUCGGGGCGUACUUUUUAGCUAUGUCUAUAAGUAGUAUUUUCCAUGAGUUAGGGCAUGCCCUGACAGCUUGCCAACAUGAUGUGCAACUAUUGUCGGUAGGGAUUUCUGUUUUUGCUAUUAUCCCAAUAGCAUUUGUCCAGCUAAAUGGAGACCAUGUAGUGGCUCUCCCUGUAACUAAACGAUUAAGAAUAUUCUGUGCCGGAGUGUGGCAUAACCUAGCCCUAGCUUUUUUGCAUUAGCAAUUUUUAUGGCUACUCCUAUUUUAUUCAGUGUCGCUUACGACACUGACUUAGGAGUUAAAGUUGUGGGAUUCACUCAUGAUUCAGUUUUAAAAGAUGUAAGGGGUUUAGAAAUAGGUGACAUUGUUACUUCUGUGAACAACUGUGU